CUAUCAAACAGCCUCGAUCCGGCGGUCGCAACACGCUUGUUACUCCGCCAUUUUUUUUUCUGUGCAAAGAAGAAGAGUUGUCGCGGACAUAUAGUACAGAAGAUGGACUCGUUUGAAAGUCAAGAAGAUAACAUAGAGGCUAAAAUCAGCAGUUUGAGAAAAGAAGUGGAAAAUGGCCGAGAUAAAGACGAUGAUCAUGAUGACAGACCAAGAGACAGAGACAGGGGAAGGGACAGAAGACGAAGAGACAGAUCAAGAAGUAGAGACAGGAGCCGUGAUCGCCGGCGUCAUAGAGACAGAAGCCGGGAGAGGGGGGGUGGUAGGGAUAGAUACAGAGAAAGAUCACCAUCUCCACGAAGAGCUGGCGCUCCCCCAGCCCCGCCCAAGAGAAAGAGGGAAUCUCUAUGGGACAUCCCUCCAUUAGGAUAUGAGCAAGUCUCUGCUAUGGAAUAUAAGACCAUGCGAGCUAAUGGGCAAAUAGCAGCUCCUGCCAUUGGCACAGUCAUCCCUGCCACGGCACUGAGUGCUACCCAGUCUGGCGCUAGUGUUCUCCCGGCGAGUGCCGUAGCAAGCUUGCCACAUGGUAGUCAGAUGACCAGACAGGCACGUCGAUUGUAUGUCGGAAACAUCCCAUUCGGUGUCACAGAGUCUAUUCAGAACUUAAUGAUAGAGUUCUUCAAUGCCAAGAUGAAAGAGGCCAAGCUUAACACAGCCCCUGGUAACCCAGUCAUUGCUGCACAGAUCAACACAGAGCAGAACUUUGCUUUCAUUGAGCUGAGAUCUGUAGAAGAGACAACCCAAGCAAUGGCAUUUGAUGGUAUAAUACUACAGGGACAAGCUUUGAAAAUCAGACGACCUAAAGACUAUCAGCCAAUUCCUGGGAUGUCAGAAAAUGCUUCCGUCCAUGUUCCAGGGGUUGUAUCAACUGUAGUCCCUGACUCUCCUCACAAAAUCUUUAUUGGUGGACUGCCAAACUAUCUUAAUGAAGACCAGGUCAAGGAACUGUUGUCCUCUUUUGGUGAGCUCAGGGCAUUCAACCUUGUCAAGGACAGUGCUACAGGCCUUUCAAAGGGCUAUGCUUUCUGUGAAUAUGUGGAUCUGGGCAUAACAGAUGUGGCAAUCCAAGGAUUGAAUGGCAUGCAGUUAGGUGACAAAAAGCUGAUAGUGCAGAGGGCCAGUGUAGGCGCCAAACAGAACCUCAACAAUCCUCAAGCCAUGAACAUGGUACCAGCACAACUCCAGAUCCCUGGCCUGGACAUCUCCAUGGCCGUCCCUGGUGCUGUUGCUGCCACGGAGGUGUUAGCCCUCAUGAAUAUGGUGACACCAGACGAGCUGGGUGAUGACGAGGAGUUUGAAGAGAUAUAUGACGAUGUACGGGAGGAGUGCAGCAAGUAUGGGCGGGUCAAGAGUAUGGAGAUCCCGCGACCCAUGGAAGGCCUCAUGGAACCACCCGGAGUUGGCAAGAUAUUUGUCGAGUUUUCGUCUAUUGACGAUGCCAAGAAAGCCGCCGCUGCCCUUGGAGGGCGUAAGUUCGCCAAUCGCGUUGUCGUCACCUCGUACUAUCCUCCCGAGGAAUAUCACAGAAGAAUAUUCCAGUAGGCUUCACGUGUGUCUCCCCCUUUAUCAUGCGCGUUCCCUUUCGGUGGACUUAGUAACGGACCGCAAACGAACUAGUCCCCAGGGGGCCUUGUAUUCCUUAGCCCGGCAGUGCCCGGAAGUGACAAAUAUAGGCCUUGAUAGAAUGAGUUCAUGUCGAAGACAGCAGUGGGGGUGAGGGGUAGUGGAGAAUUGCUCAUAGUUCACCAUAGAUCGACGUUAUUCGAGGACCUCUAUUCUCCAGAACCCCAUGUUUUUGAAAUAGGACUGAAUGGAGCUCCAUAGAAAGUCGUUAUACUCUGGAACAACUUUGAACUUAGAAAAAUACGCCUUGCCUUAGUUUGACGUUUGCCCAAGGCGCCUAGAGUCGUUAAACGUGGAGUAGUGGAGGGGGAUUUUGUUUGUUUUUGGAUCGUGAGAUGUCAUCCCCCCCCCCCCUCAAACGCCCUCAUUUAUCUUUAUAUCGACAAGGGGUUUAACGAUUGAAGGAUGUUGCAAAAAAAAUUAACAGAAAAAGGGAAGACGAAUUGGUUCUUUUCUUUAUGUUUUUCAUUAUCAUUUUUUUUUUUAUAAAUUUGAUUUUUGUGCCAUCCUCGUCUCGUGAGAUACUAAAAGUUGUACCACUCCCUAACUCAAGCCUUUUUAUUCUCUGUAGAUUUCAUUGUUACCUCGUAACACCUAAUUAUCCAUCUUUCUCUACCAUCCGUACUUUGAUCUGUAACGUGUUUUAUCUGAUGUUGUUGUGAAUAAAAAAAAUCUUGUAAUUUG